CACCCGGCACGCGCCCGCCCCGCCGCCACGAUGCCCAAGAGGAAGGUCAGUUCCGCCGAGGGGGCGGCGAAGGAGGAGCCCAAGAGGAGAUCGGCGAGGUUGUCAGCUAAACCUGCUCCUGCAAAAGUGGAAACGAAGCCAAAAAAGGCGGCAGGAAAGGAUAAAUCUUCAGACAAAAAAGUGCAAACAAAAGGGAAAAGGGGAGCAAAGGGAAAACAGGCUGAAGUGGCUAACCAAGAGACUAAAGAAGAUUUACCUGCAGAAAACGGAGAAACUAAAAAUGAGGAGAGCCCAACCUCUGAUGAAGCAGGAGAGAAAGAAGCCAAGUCUGAUUAAUAGCAUACACCUGGUCUUAUCAGUGGUCCCUGUCUCCCUUCUUGUACAAUCCAGAGGAAUAUUUUUAUCAACUAUUUUGUAAAUGCAAGUUUUUUAGUAGCUCUAGAAACAUUUUUAAGAAGGAGGGAAUCCCACCUCAUCCCAUUUUUUAAGUGUAAAUGCUUUUUUUUAAGAGGUGAAAUCAUUUGCUGGUUGUUUAUUUUUUGAUACAACCAGAAAAUAGUGGGAUAUUGAAUAUGGGAGGCUUUGAUUGUCUUCAGUGUCAGCUUAACAUUCCAUAGAUGGGGGGUAGUUUUUAUAUCCUAUAAUACAGAGAGCAUAAUUAAAUCGCAA